UCGAAAAAAAAAAGAACUCCUUCGUGAGGAAGUAAACAUCUCAUCAAUAAACUGUUCAUAUUGCCAAAUAUUACUAUAAAACAUGCCAUGCAUAAUAAUUCACUCAAUCAAACCCCCCAAAAGAAUACCUUUACUAAUUAGACAUGAAUGGCUCAGGAUUUUCCUCUCUCUUUGGGACAAUUCCACAAACACCUGGGACGAUCCAGUUCAGUUCAGGCUCAAUUACAGCUGAGAAUGGAAGCUCUCGUGUGGUCAACAAUGGAAGCUCUCGUGUGGUCAACAAUGGAAGCUCUCGUAGGGUUCGUAUUAAGAGAAAUAAUCCAGUUUUGAGCUCUGUUUCUAAUAAUCAGCCAGUUCAGUCCAUUUCUUCUAGCUCUGUUUCUCAGGGUUUAUUUGGAUUUGAGCCAAUUUUUAGCUCAACCACCCAACCUAAUGAUAAUGCCUCUAAGACUGGGACAACAUUAAGCCAUGAAACAGAGUGUAACAAUAGUAAUGAAAUGGAAGAAAACAAGGAAGCAAAAGAACCAAAUCCAAAACCAGUUUCAACUUCAUUGAUUAUAGUUUCAACUAUUUUGAAGGGAAUGCCACAAAGCCCUCACUUUUAUCAGUUCAGAAAUUACUCUGAACUUACAAGAAUGAAUCUGAUAGCUUCAUGGAAUUCAAUUUUCGAAGAAACCGUGGAAAAAAUCCGAUCUUUACGAGUAAACGAUUUCCGGGUCGGAGCCGAUGAGCUAUGGAAGACAUUGAACGAGUUGCAGACAAUCGGAUACAAUGUGGUUCCUCUAAGAAGAAGAUUAGUGGAGUUAAGUGAUGUAAUUACCGAGUUAAACAUGUCGAAAUUAAGGAUUAAAACGCUAAGAAUCAAGGCAGAGAAUUGCAGAUUUGAGAAAAGUAGGGUUGAGUUUGUGAUUUUGAACUUGCAAGAAAUGAUUAAGCAACAACAAAAGGGUAUGGAAAAAGAUUUGGAUGAGGUGACUGGUUUAGAGAAAGAAUUGCCAAAAUUUGAUGAAGUAUUUGCCAAGUUAGCUAUGGAGAUGAUAUAAUUUGAUAUUUGUAUAGUAAUUUACAUGCUAAUGUUGUAAAAUUUAGUCUUGUUGCUUGGUAGUGUUCAUCAUCGGAACUGGAUAUCGACGCCAGCCUACUUGAGGUCGGGUUUGGAUAUUUAUUGUUUUCAUUAAAUCUGGUGUAGGUUUGAACUCGUUUAAGAUCCGGGUUUUUACGGGUGCAUUUGGACCUCUAUUAUUUGAUUAACUUUAUAUGUAGAUUCAAAAAUCCUAAUACAAAUAAAUAAAUUCAACAUA